AUGGCUGGCCAACGGGAUCCACAGAGCACUUUCACACGCAGUCCCAUCUGUAUUGUCUGGAGCUGCUGGUUAUUAGUGCUGUUUCUUGUUGCUGCAGUUUGCAGUACUCAGACCUUUACAAGUUUUCAUCCUGAGCGGCGAGAUUGGUCCUUUAACCAUCUGACAGUCCACCAGACGACAGGGGCACUUUACAUCGGUGCUGUCAACCGUGUCUAUAAGCUUUCCAGCAACCUCACACUCCUUGUGUCACAUGACACUGGCCCAGAGGAUGACAACAAGGCUUGUUACCCGCCCCUUAUAGUCCAGCCCUGCUCAGAACCCUUGGUCGCCACCAACAACGUCAACAAACUGCUGCUGAUCGACUACUCACAGAACCGGCUGCUGGCCUGUGGGAGCCUCUACCAGGGCGUCUGCAAGCUGCUCAGGCUGGAUGACCUGUUUAUCCUGGUUGAACCCUCACACAAGAAGGAACAUUACCUCUCCAGUGUCAACCAGACGGGCACAAUGUACGGAGUCAUCGUGCCCUCCAAAGGCGGCGAUGGGACACUCUUCAUCGGCACUGCCGUGGACGGCAAGCAAGAUUACUUCCCGACCAUCUCGAGCCGCAAACUGCCCCGCGACCCAGAGUCCUCGGCUAUGCUGGACUAUGAGAUGCACACUGACUUUGUGUCCUCGCUCAUCAAGAUCCCCUCAGACACCCUGGCCCUUGUCUCCCACUUCGACAUCUAUUACAUCUACGGCUUUGCCAGUGGUAAUUUUGUCUAUUUCCUCACUGUGCAACCCGAGACACCUGAGAACAGCAUGUCUUCAAGCGGCUCCUCCACUGACCUCUUCUACACCUCCAGAAUUGUGCGCCUCUGCAAAGACGAUCACAAGUUUCACUCCUACGUGUCUCUGCCCGUGGGCUGCAUUCGUAACGGGGUGGAGUACCAAUUGCUGCAGGCUGCUUACCUGGCCAAGCCUGGUCGUGUGCUCGCUGCCUCUCUCAACAUCAGCGCCCAGGAUGACGUGCUCUUCACCGUCUUCUCUAAGGGUCAGAAACAGUACCAUCGGCCUCCAGAUGACUCUGCCCUCUGUGUCUUCACCAUCCGGGACAUUAACUCUCGGAUCAAAGAGCGCCUGCAGUCCUGCUACCAAGGCGAGGGCAACCUGGAGCUCAACUGGUUACUGGGGAAGGACGUCCAAUGCACCAAAGCGCCGGUGCCCAUAGAUGACUCCUUCUGUGGCCUUGACAUCAACCAGCCCCUUGGUGGCUCUGAGCUGGUGACCGGUCACAUGAUCUACACAGAGAGCAGGGAUCGCAUGACCUCAGUGACCUCUUACAUCUACAACGGCUACUGCGUGGCCUUCGUAGGGACCAAGACUGGACGUCUGAAAAAGAUUCGUGUGGAUGGCCCUCCUCACGGCGGAAUGCAGUAUGAAACUGUCUCAGUCAUUAAAGACGGCAGUCCCAUCCUCAGAGACAUGGGCUUCUCUCUGGACCACAACUACCUCUACAUCAUGUCUGACAGACAGGUCGUGCAGGUGCCCAUCGAGUCCUGUGAGCAGUACGACACUUGCGGAGAGUGUCUGAGUUCGGGUGACCCACACUGUGGCUGGUGUGUCCUUCACAACAUGUGUUCUCCGAGAGAUGGCUGUGAGCGUGCGAAUGAACCAUACCGUUUCGCUGCCACGCUGGAUCAGUGUGUGAAGGCCACUGUGUACCCUGACAGCAUUGCCGUCUCUGAGCCCAGUGUCCCUCUUUUGGUGAAAGUGACCUAUGUUCCGGACCUUUCCGCCGGAAUCACCUGCUCCUUUGGGAAUCUGACAGAGGUGGAAGGCACAGUAGAUGGAAAUCAGAUCUUAUGCGUCUCUCCAGCUGCCAAAGACGUACCCAUUAUCCCCAUUGACCAAGACUGGUCAGGGGUGGAACUCAGACUGAACUCUAAAGAGACUGGGCAGAUGCUGAUCAGCACAGAGGUGAAGUUUUACAACUGCAGCGUUCACCAGCUCUGUCUGUCCUGUGUGACCAGUUCUUUCCGCUGCCACUGGUGUAAAUACCGUAACCUGUGCACCCAUGACCCUUCUAACUGCUCCUUUCAAGAGGGCCGCGUAAACGCCUCAGAGGACUGUCCUCAGCUGGUGCGCUCAGAGGAGAUCCUUAUCCCUGCCGGAGAGGUGAAGCCCAUCACGCUGAAAGCCCGGAACCUUCCGCAGCCCCAGUCUGGUCAGCGUGGAUACGAGUGUGUGUUACACAUCCAGGGAGUGAGCCACCGAGUGACUGCACUGCGUUUUAACAGCUCCAGUGUUCAGUGUCAAAACAGCUCGUAUCUGUAUGAGGGAAUGAAGAUCAGCGAGUUGCCUGUGGAUUUCUCAGUCGUCUGGAAUGGGAACUUCAUCAUUGAUAACCCUGAGAAUAUUCAAGUGCACCUGUAUAAGUGUGCUGCCCAGCGGGACAGCUGUGGCAUGUGUCUGCGGGCAGAGAGGAAGUUCCAGUGCGGUUGGUGUAGUAUGGAGGGACGCUGCACCCUCCGUCACCACUGCCCCAUGUCCAACCCUUACACCGCCCGCUGGCUGGACCUGUCCAGCCGCAGUGUCAAGUGCACGAACCCUCGCAUUACUGAGGUGACCCCAGUGUCAGGACCUCCAGAGGGGGGUACUCGAGUGACCAUUCAUGGGGUGAACCUGGGCCUGUCUUUUGCAGAGAUGGUGGGUAACGUGCAGGUUGCUGGGGUCCGGUGCAGCCCACAGGAGGAUGGAUACAUCAUCGCCGAACAAAUUGUAUGCGAGAUGGAUCCAGCUUCAGAAGAUAGCUCACCUGGUCCAGUCCAGCUGUGUGUUGGCGAGUGUAAACCAGAACUGCAAACCCGCUCCUCCCAGCUUUACUCCUUUGUGAUGCCCUCUGUGACCGGACUGUCCCCCAGCCGUGGGCCUGAGUCAGGGGGGACUAAGGUGACCAUCAUGGGGGAGAACCUGGGGGCGGGAAGCAGUGUCAGUGUGCUGUUUGGGAACCAGACCUGCGAGUUCUAUGGACGGACCAUGACGGAGAUAGUAUGUUACUCAGCUCCUUCACUGACGGGUGUGGGCUCCGUGCAAAUCAGCGUGAGCGUUGACCGCGCCCAGGUGAAGGACAGUCUGAGUUUCGAGUACAUCGACGACCCCACGGUGCAGAGAAUCGAACCUGAGUGGAGCAUUGCUAGUGGCCACACCCCUCUGACAAUAACUGGGACCAAUUUAGAUGUUGUGCAGGAACCUCGGAUUCGUGUCAAGUACGGUGGGCGGGAGUCUGUAAACGUGUGUAAGGUCCUGAACACAACCACUAUGAGCUGUUUCGCUCCCUCUCUGACGGCAGAAUACAGACCUGGACUGGACUCAGUCAAACACACAGACGAGUUUGGCUUUAUCUUCAAUAACGUCCAAGCCCUGCUCGUCUACAACAACACUAACUUCUUGUAUUACCCCAACCCUAACUUUGAACCCCUCAGCACCAAUGGGGUUCUGGAGCAGAAACCAGGCUCUCCCAUCAUCCUCAAGGGUAAGAAUCUGGUCCCCCCUGCGUCUGGGGGGGUCAAACUCAACUACACAGUGCUGAUCGGGGACACGCCCUGCUCUGUCACUGUCUCCGAGACACAGCUGCUGUGUGAGCCUCCCAAUCUCACAGGACAGUACAAAAUCAUGGUCCAGGUGGGUGGCCUGCAUGUGUCCCCAGGCUCAGUGAACAUACUGUCAGACAGUCUCCUCACUCUGCCUGCUAUCGUCAGUAUAGCCGCUGGCGGAGGAGUGCUUCUGAUCAUCGUCAUCCUGGUUCUCAUCGCUUACAAACGCAAGUCCCGCGAGAAUGAUCUCACACUCAAACGCCUACAGAUGCAGAUGGAUAACCUGGAGUCCAGAGUCGCCCUGGAGUGUAAGGAAGCCUUUGCAGAGCUGCAGACGGACAUUAACGAGUUGACCAGUGAUUUGGACCGUGCAGGCAUUCCUCACUUGGACUACCGUACCUAUGCCAUGAGGGUACUGUUCCCUGGCAUCGAGGACCACCCUGUGCUGAGAGAAUUGGAGGUCUCUGGUAAUGGUCAGCUGAACGUUGAAAAAGCUCUGAAGCUCUUUGCUCAACUCAUCAACAACAAAGUUUUCCUGCUGACGUUUAUCCGCACACUGGAGCUGCAGCGCUCCUUCUCCAUGCGUGACCGUGGCAACGUGGCCUCUCUCAUCAUGACCGCCCUGCAGAGCAAACUGGAGUACGCCACUGACGUACUCAAACAGCUCCUCUCUGAUCUCAUCGCCAAAAAUCUGGAGAGCAAAAACCACCCCAAAUUACUGCUGAGGAGGACUGAGUCUGUCGCCGAGAAGAUGCUGACCAACUGGUUCGCUUUCCUCCUUCACAAGUUCCUGAAGGAGUGUGCAGGUGAGCCUCUGUUUAUGUUGUACUGUGCCAUUAAGCAGCAGAUGGAGAAAGGCCCCAUUGAUGCCAUCACAGGAGAGGCCCGUUACUCCCUCAGUGAAGACAAACUCAUCAGACAGCAGAUUGACUAUAAGACCCUGAUUGUGAACUGUGUUAACCCGGAGAACGAGAACAGUCCAGAAAUCCCAGUGAAGGUUCUGAACUGUGACACCAUCACACAGGUCAAAGAGAAGAUUCUGGAUACUGUGUAUAAGAAUAUGCCUUACUCUCAACGGCCCAGAGCUGUGGACAUGGACCUAGAGUGGCGUCAGGGCAGAAUGGCUCGUGUGGUCUUGCAGGAUGAAGACAUCACAACUAAAAUUGAGAACGACUGGAAAAGACUCAACACACUCAUGCACUAUCAGGUGUCUGAUCGCUCUGUGGUAGCACUGGUGCCCAAGCAAACCUCGUCAUACAACAUUCCCCCCACAGCCAGCAUCUCCCGCACCUCCAUCAGUAGAUACGACUCGACGUUCAGGUAUACAGGGAGCCCAGACAGUCUGAGGUCACGUGCACCAAUGAUCACUCCUGAUUUGGAGAGCGGAGUGAAGGUGUGGCACCUGGUGAAGAAUCAUGAACACGGCGACCAGAAAGAGGGAGACCGCGGUAGCAAGAUGGUGUCUGAGAUCUACCUAACACGCCUGCUUGCCACCAAAGGUACGCUUCAGAAGUUUGUGGACGACCUGUUUGAGACCCUCUUCAGCACAGUCCACAGGGGAAGUGCCCUCCCGCUUGCCAUCAAAUACAUGUUUGACUUCCUGGAUGAGCAGGCCGACAAACACGGCAUCCACGACACAGAUGUGCGACACACCUGGAAAAGUAACUGCCUCCCUCUGCGUUUCUGGGUGAAUGUGAUUAAAAACCCUCAGUUUGUGUUUGACAUCCAUAAGAGCAGUAUCACAGACGCCUGUCUGUCCGUGGUGGCUCAGACCUUUAUGGACUCCUGCUCCACGUCAGAGCACCGCCUUGGAAAAGACUCACCCUCCAACAAACUGCUGUACGCUAAAGACAUCCCCAACUACAAGAGCUGGGUAGAAAGGUACUACGCUGACAUUAGCCGGCUGCCAGCCAUCAGUGAUCAGGACAUGAACGCGUACUUAGCCGAGCAAGCCAGACUCCACUCCAAUGAAUUUAACAUGCUCAGUGCACUCAACGAAAUCUACUCCUAUGUCAGCAAGUACAGCGAAGAGAUUACAGCCGCGCUGGAGCUGGAUGAGCAGGCCAGGAAACAGAGGCUAGCCUACAAGGUGGAGCAGCUCAUCUCCGCCAUGUCACUGGAGAGCUGAGGCUGAU